UUUACUUGUUCAAUAAAUACUAAAAGAUGGCUGCACCACUCUCUCACCCUUGUAUCAAAGAUGGCUGGUUCAUGGAAAAGUCUACCAUGUGGCCCGGUCAAGCCAUGUCACUUAAGGUCGAAGAAAUUCUUCAUGUUGAAAAGUCCAAGUACCAAGACGUUCUCGUUUUCCAAUCCUCCAACUAUGGUAAUGUUUUGGUUCUUGAUAACGUUAUUCAAGCUACUGAGCGUGAUGAAUUUUCUUAUCAAGAAAUGAUCACUAACCUUGCCAUGAACUCUCAUCCUUGUCCUAAGAAGGUUCUUGUUAUUGGUGGUGGUGAUGGUGGUGUUCUUCGUGAAGUCGUCAAGCACGAAUGUGUCGAAGAAGCUACUUUGGUUGAUAUUGACGAAGCUGUUCCUCGUGUUUCUAAAAAGUACUUGCCUAACAUGGCCAUUGGUUUUGAACACCCCAAGGUCAAGGUUCACAUUGGUGAUGGUUUCGAGUUCUUGAAGGAUAAAGUCAAUCAAUACGAUGUUAUUAUUACUGAUAGCUCUGAUCCUGAUGGUCCUGCUGAAUCUCUCUUUGGUGCUGAAUUUUUCCAACUUUUGAAGAACGCACUUACCGAAAAUGGUGUCUUCUCCACUCAAGGUGAAUGUAUGUGGCUCCACUUGCCUCUCAUUAAAAAGGUGAAGGAUUUCUGUAAGAAUCUCUAUCCUCAAGUUGAAUAUGCUUAUACCUGUAUUCCUACUUAUCCUUCCGGUCAAAUUGGUCAUAUCCUUUGUUCCAAGGACCCUAAUGCUAAUCUUAAAGAACCUCUUCGUAAAUUUACUUCUGAACAAGAAGAAAAGCUCUUCCGUUAUUAUAACUCAGAAAUUCACAAGGCUGCCUUCGUUUUACCUCAAUUCGCUAAGAAGGCUUUGAACUAAAGAGGAAAAAAUAAAAUAAAAAAAAUAAAAUAAAAAAAAAUAAA